AUGGCUUCCGGCGCUGAGUCCGUCAGGCGCAGUCCCUUUGCCGCCGAUACCCUUGCGCCAGGAGACCCAAUGGAUGUAACGCCCUCGAACACCACGGCUCCUCCGUCACAGCCCAGCCCGGCCCUGGACCGCAACGGUGGGAACCAGUCGGAACCGGAGAACACCAACCAGGCCAACGCCCAGCAGCAGCAGAACAGCGCGCCCACGUCCAACGCCGCCCCGGCCCCGGCAAACAACAACACCAACAACACCACCACCGCCGCCACCGCCAACGGGAACACAAGCGCUGCCAGCAGCAAUGGCCCGGGCAUCGGUGCGGCCGCGGCUGCGCAGCAACCCAAGGUUGUACAGACGGCCUUCAUCCACAAGCUCUACAACAUGCUCGAAGACCAGUCGAUCCAGCAUUUGAUUUCCUGGUCGAGCACCAACGAAAGUUUUGUCAUGUCGCCGUCGAAUGAAUUCUCAAAAGUUCUUUCUUCGUACUUCAAACACACCAACAUUUCAUCUUUUGUGCGACAGUUGAAUAUGUACGGAUUCCACAAAGUGAGCGACGUUUUCCACACCGGCUCCCCCGACUCUCCCCUAUGGGAAUUCAAGCACGGCAACGGCAACUUUAAGCGAGGGGAUCUCGUUGGCCUGCGGGAGAUCAAGCGGCGAGCCUCGCGGCAUGCUCUCAUACAUCGCGAUUCCUUUUCCACCGGCCCGAAAUCAGCAGCUCCGUCUUCCGGGGCUCCUGUCGAGCCCAUGCCUGAUCCUAUAGAGACUCGGCUGCAAAUGCUCGAGCACAGCCUCUACGAUAUGCAUGCUAGGCUCGCACGGACUGAAGAUAGUUAUGCAUACGUCAAUCAAAGAUGCAAUGUGCUCACGGAAAGCCUGAUGCGCUGCCACCAGUGGAAUUAUGAGCUUUCCAAUUGCAUAAAGGCGAUGGUCCCCGAUCCGGAGCAUCAAAUACAUAAGGAUGUGACCAUGAUGCAAAACGAGAUUGCACGACAGUCCGACAUCUUCCGGUCAAUGGACGAGCAACAAGAAAAUAUCCAGUCUGCCCGUUCCCAAUACUUCUCCAAUCUGCAGAAUGAUAGCAUGGCACCAGCAUCUCCUCGUCAGAUGCCUCAGAACGACCAGCGACGGCCAUCAUUAGUAGACGUCGGGCGACCAGGGUCGUACAGGGCCCCGCAAACUGCCGUUCCUCCCCAUCUACAAGUCGUGUCACCUCGGAGGUACGGUUCGAUCACCCAAGGGAACUACUCGCCAUCGUCACUGCGACCACCAGUCCAGCAGGCGGCGCCGCCGCCACCACCACCUCAAAUCCAACACCCGCUCGCCAAUGUCGAUUCGAAUUCACCACCGCCCAACCUCUCCAGGAGGCACACGUCUGCAGAUAUUAGAUUACAUGGCUGGGUCCCGCCACCGCCGCCGCCGCCUUCUCACUCUCCGUUCACGAAAUGCAACGCCCCCGCCCAACGAGCCGAGCUCAAGCCUAAACCCUGA